AUGAUUGAACGAGUCCACCGGCAGCUGAAGGCUUCUCUCAUGUGCCACGAUAACACAUGGACUACAUCCUUACCAUUUGUACUACUGGGCAUGCGGACGGCCUUUAAAGAAGACAUCAAGGCCACAGCAGCAGAAAUGGUAUAUGGUGAAAACUUACGUCUACCGGGAGAAAUGCUAGCACCUUCCGUUAGCAUCCAUUCACCCGAAAACGCCUCUGACUUUGUUGAGAAACUGCGUCACAAAAUGGCAGAUAUCAGACCCAUACCUGCUUCGCGUCACUCCAAACCGUCCGCUUUCAUAUUUAAAGACCUGAGCACAGCUACUCACGUCUUUCUCCGGGACGAUACAGUUCGACGUCCUCUACAACCUCCUUAUACUGGUCCGCACCCGAUCAUAGAACGCUCCCAUGACGGCAAGUCUCUGACCAUCAACAUCAAAGGAAAAAAGUCUAAUGUAAGCAUCGAUCGCGUAAAGCCAGCUUACACCGACAGUACUACUGAAAACCUAUACGAUUCCCAGCCAAAAGCCAUAGAAACUCUGCCACCUGCACCUCCUCAGCCUGAACCAACAGCCGACAGCUCUGAGAAGCGGUCCUACACUACUCGUGCCGGUCGACAUGUUAAGUUCAAAGAUUUAAACGAAUAUAUAUUUUUCACAUAA